AUGCAUCGUUCUGCCUCUCUACCUCUGCUUCUCUCCCUCUCCACAGCAGCACAUGCCUUUCCCGUCCUCGACUUCCUGCUGCAUCCCCGUGAGAAGCCGACAAAGUCAUAUUCAGUUGUCAACGUCGAGGGAAACCCAAACACCGAGAAGCCCCCUGUUGUCACUGUCACCAAAGAGCCGGUUCACGUUACUGUGACGGAACGUAUUAGCGAUAUUUCUACCCAGGUGUCGUCUGCCAUACGGACGACCACUGCCACCUCCAUCAUCGUCGUCAAUGUCGAUGAGACUCAGGCCGGGAUAACCGUCACAGUCACUCCCACACAGAAACCUGCACCAGAGCCGACGCCUUUACCCCCGACGACGACAUCGGCGCCACCUGCUGCUCCACCGCCUACUACAGUUGUUCCAGAGCCGCCUGUGGUAUCAUCAUCAGACGUCGCUCAGCCACCUCACUCGUCGUCAGAAGCUCCUCCGCCCUCUUCAGAAGUUCAGAAAACACCAUCCCCUUCGCCAAGCACCUAUCAACCCGCUCCCCCGUCAUCCAGUGUUCCACAGCCCGCAUCGCCUUCUUCGAGCGUACCUCAACACAGUCUCCCUUCGUCUGGUGUUCCUGAGCCCACCUUCACCUCAUCUUAUGUACCUCUCCCCUCUUCAGUGGUUUCUACAGCCUCUGCCCAGCCAAGUGUCGCAGAGCCCAGUACCAGCAUCCUACCUCCUUCACCCAUCGAGCCAUCUUGGUCCCCUGCGCCCUCUUCAUACACUGAGCCUCCUGUCUCAUCUCCCUCGACCACAUACGUUCAGCCAAGCACUUGGGCUUCCAGCGCAGUUGAUGGCCCAGCAACGCAAGUUCCAUCUUCCAAGCCUGCUGUUGAGCCUCCUCGGUUUACAGAGACUCCAAUUGUUCCGCCAUCCGUUGGUGUCACAUCUAUUGCCGAGCAAAGUCCGCCACCUGCCCCUACACCGUCUAUCAACUCAACCUCGUCUACCUGGGCACUAACUUCCUCAACACCUCCUGCAUGGACGCCUAGCCCAUCCAGCAGCGCGAGCAUCGUGGAUAGCUCUACCCAGGUUCUGCCUCCCACUCAGGUGUACGAGACCGCUCAACCCACCACCUGGGCGCAAGAGACAAGCAGUCUUCUUCCAUCCUCGACCUUCCUCACCAGCAUCAUCAGCAUCGCCAGCUCUCCUUCUCCUUCCCCAACAUCCGCCAAGAACUUCGAUGAUGGGCAUUGGGCCACCAGCAAAUACCCCCAAUGGACCACCACUGCUACUGCUGGUUUUUAG